CACACUCUCACACAUUCUCACUCUCACACAUUCACACUCUCACACAUUCACACACAGGACUGGGACAAACGUCCUGCAUCAGAUCGUCUGUCGUUGACGAUCACUGUGUGAAGGUUUGUUGUGUCUGAUGAGAAGAAUCUUAGCGUUGGUAGAUACAAGUCCAUUAGAUGCCAAUCAUAGGCAGAGUUGAACCAGCAAAGGAACAUCACCGUCUUUAUGAGACCACACUGCUGCACAAAGCUGCCGGGCUUUUGGAAAACAGACCAUCCAGAUCAGAAAGGAACCUCGCAGCUCUUUGUUCCUCUUUGUUGCUGCUUUGGGAACAACAGACGUCCGGUGCAUAAUCCCCGUUUUGGAGAUAUUCCUAAUCCCGAUGGUUUGCGUGUCCAGAUCAGCACCCGGGGUCCCGUCCCGGGUGCUGAUCCGUACGGAGGAUGUAGAUGAAGCAGGAUUAGAACCCUCGCCGCUUUGUUUGGAGAUGAUUUAGCAGAAACCCUCCGGCUCCGGCUGGGAUUGAGUGCAAUGUUUUAAAAGACACAACAGUGCAGAUUAUUGUUAUAUCAUAAACCGCCGUUAAUUCUGCUGCAUUGUACGACUGGUGAUGUGUGUUUGGGAAUCACUAACUGAAGCACAGGCGAGUCUUUAGAGGUCUCUGACGACACCGAUCUGGUUUCCUGUCACAGGUGGGGGUGUAGUCUUGGUGUUAGGGGUCUUAUAUUAUAUUACUUCUGCAGUACAGCCCUCUCAUAUUACCCAUCACCGGUCGUCUAAUGGACAAACCUGCAGAACGCCGCCCACUCAUAACUCAUAACCUGCUGCCAGACCUCUGAAUCCAGGACCACAUGUCUGGUUGUAGUCCUGGUUGAAGAGCUUUUGUUGGCGGAACUAAGGUUUUGACUUUAACAACAACUCCAAGUUUGGGACAAUUUUAACAUAUUAGUUAUAGUCAAUCAGUUAGUUCUGGCAUUAAAUGCUGGUACCUGCGAUAUUCAGCCAUGUUUCACAACCCAACAGCAGCCUGAGCUGAUCAUAUAAAAGCUUCAUUUAAGACCAUUCAGACUGACUAUGAGCACAUCGUUUAUAUCUGUGGUGUUUCACGAGGCAUUAGGGGUCACAGGCUCUACAGAGUCACUCGCUGACGUUUCUGUGGUUCGGGUACGUCAGCUAGCUACUCACCGUUGUUCCUUCGAUCGCUAUCUCGAGCUAAAUGAUUUGUGUCUUUUGAGAAAUUCUGGAAGGGUUGAAAAAAAGCUCGCUGUUCAUUAAACUACUGGAGAAAGUUUCCAAUGAAAUCUGUUCUGUAGAUUUAAAACCUGACAAACACUGUUGACAUGCUGCUGUUGAAUAAAAGAUGAUUUUUUAUUUAUUUUUUUUAAGCUUUCAGCUGUAAAAAAGGCAAAAUUUCCAUUUUUGUCUUUUCUGCAACUGUGUUUUAUACUAAGAUCUCUUAAAGGGACAGUUUGUGGCAUGUUGGCCCCUAACCCUUAAUAUAAUAUCAACAACUAUGUUUUCAUUUGUGUCUAAUCAUCUGAAACUGAGAAUCGUUGUGCUCAUCGUUAGCUUAGCAUGAGCCCUUCAUAUGUAGAUAUGAAGGGCUCAUGCUGGGGAGCGGGAGGAAAAGUCCGCCAUGCUGCACCGCCAUGUUUCUACGGUAGCCCAGAAGGCACAAACCAAACAGUGGCUCUGGAGAGUCUUUCACGUGGAACUCGACUCGCUUGGAAAAGGAGGAUUGAGCUGAAGGACGUUCAGUUUGUUGUGAUCUGUGUCUUCACCUCUAGAUGCCACUAAAUCAUACGCACUGCUCCUUUAAGUGUGUUUUAAUGAAAAUAAUAGAAAUGCAUCACACAAGCAGCUCUAGUGUUUUUCUCUAUGUGAUGACGUCAUUACAAGCUUCGCAGCGCUGCUCGUCCUGCUGGUUUGGAGGCCAACAGUCGCCCACGUCUAUCAGCUGUUCUUCUAUUUCUCCGAGUCAUCUUCAGUUGUUGUUGUUGUUGUUGUUGUUUGUCUCCAGCUCAUGUAGUUCUUCCUCUCUCUGCAGAUAUUGACAUGAAGAAAGACGUUGAGACUCUAAUAGCAGAGGAACGUGCUGAUAUCAUCUUGAAAUAUGCUACGGGGAGGCAGGGCGGGGUGGAGAUCGACCCGUGGGAAGAUGCCAACUACAGCAUCUACAAAGUCAUCGACCGCUUCGGCUUCAUGCACGAGGACAAGCUGCCAGCCCCGACUGCACAUGAGGAAAAGAGGAAGCAGCUGGAGGUGGAGAGGGCCGAGAAGUGGCUGAAAAUGGCCAAGAAGUGGGACAAAUACAAGAACAGUGACCGGAUGGUGAAGCGGGUGUACAAGGGCAUCCCCCUGCAGCUCCGAGGCCGGGCCUGGGCUCUGAUGCUGCACGUGGAGAGGGCGAAGAAGGAGAACGAGGGCAAAUAUGAGAGAAUGAAGGAGCAGGCCCGACUGUACUCGUCUGAGAUCAAACAGAUCGACCUGGACAUCAACAGAACCUUUCGAAACCACAUCAUGUUCAUGGAUCGCUUCGGAGUCAAGCAGCAGUCUCUCUUCCAUGUUCUCUCUGCAUAUUCAGUCUACAACACAGUAAGUAGCUGCUUUUCCUAAAAAAACACUAAAAUACCAGUUUAAGUGGAUUUAACUGAUGAAGAUCUACAGACUUCAGCUUGUUUUCCACUCGUGGCUUAUUCUGUAGACGUUGCUCAGUUCAGUUGGACUCUCAAAACCGUUAGCGUAGAAAGCUGAGAAGCUCAGAAACAAGUGAGCUUGUGACCGGAAGGUCGUAGGCUCAAUCCCCGGACCAGCAGGAUAGAUCUUCCCCUCCCUCAUCAGGGCCUCUUAACCCCAACGUCUCCACUGGAGCUGCUCAGUGGCCAGCAGGUCAGACUGGGUUGUACUGGUCCGCUUCCAGGGCGUUACUUCUCUCUGAGAAGUCAAGGUGCUAACUACAGCCAUACCGGGUUCUUCCCAUAGUAGAACCCUUUUUCCUGGCAGAAC